CAGUAUUUCGUUUAAUAAUAAUAUUUGUACCACAAUAUUUACGACAUCCACAAAUACUUAAAUCGUUAUCAAGUGUAACGGUAGAUGUACAUCUGUAACAAUUAUAAUUAUAGUUUAGUCGAAGAUUGAUACCCCUGGCAAUUAUGGAAAAGUUAAAAAAGUUCAGCUUUAUAAAAAGAUCCGACACAGUUUCUUUUUCAAAUGUCAAAGAAUCUGGGAAGAAGAGAAGCAUCGAAAUGUCAAGUGAUGUUCUGAAACACAUGGAGUCACGUCAUCUCUACCCAACGCCUGAUAAUAGAACUUAUACUUUCAAACUGGGAUGGAUACAGGGUGUUUUGAUACCAUGUCUCCUGAACAUUUGGGGGGUGACGCUGUUCCUCCGGAUAUCAUGGGUGGUUGCUCAGGCUGGCAUAGCGUUAACUUUGCUCAUCAUCGCUAUAUCUACUAUAGUAUGCAUCAUCACUACUCUUUCUCUGAGCGCUAUAUGUACCAACGGGAUCGUACAGGGAGGUGGUGUGUAUUACCUCGUUUCGAGGUCACUAGGAGCAGAGCUAGGAGCUUCUGUUGGAAUCAUAUUCGCCUUUGCCAACGCCGUAGCUGCUAGUAUGAACACAAUCGGUUUCUGUGACUCUUUCAAUGAUUUACUUCGAAGAUACAACCUUAAAAUUAUUGACAAUGGCACAAAUGACGUCAGACUUGUAGGAACCAUUGCUAUAUUCCUCAUGUGUCUUAUUUGUGCAAUUGGCAUGGACUGGGAGAGCAAAACACAGAAUAUUCUUAUUGUAAUUAUUUUACUGGCCAUAUUUAAUUACAUAUUAGGGGCUUGUAUAGGCCCUUUGAACGACAGACAGAGAGCUCAAGGUUUCGUGGGUAUACAAAUGGAAGUAGCGAACCGCAACUGGAUACCCGAUUUUCGAUACCACUCAGACCGCGAUCACAACUUCUUCAGUGUGUUUGCUAUGUACUUUCCUUCAGUGACAGGCAUACAGGCUGGUGCUAACAUUUGCGGGGAUCUAAAGGAUCCAGCUUCGGCUAUACCUAAGGGCACCCUAUUGGCUGUUUUAAUAUCUACUUUUAGUUACGUUACCAUGACACUUCUAUGCGGUGUUGCGGGGUUGAGAGACGCUAGCGGAAACUACACGCACAUUAGUGAUUAUGAUGCUCUUGAGAAAUGCAAGCCUAAUUGUGCAUACGGAUUGCACAAUAACUACGAGAUGAUGCAGCUGAUGGCGUUGUGGAAUCUACUAAUUUUCUUUGGUUGUUGGGCGGCAACCCUCUCGACAGCUCUGACCAACGUGUUAGCAGUACCGAAAUUAAUCCAAGCUCUGGGAAAGGAUCAAAUAUAUCCCGGCCUCGCAUUCUUCGCUAAACCAUACGGCCGCCUCGGCGAACCAUAUCGCGGAUACGUUCUCACAUUUGUAGUCUCAUUAUUUUUUUUAUGUAUAGCUGAUUUGAAUACGAUAGCGCCACUCAUCACCAACUUCUACCUGGCUUCGUAUGCUCUUAUAAACUUCUGCACCUUCCAUGCAGGCUUCGUCGGUCACAUCAGUUGGAGGCCCCAAUUUCGCUUCUACAAUAUAUGGUUGUCGUUGUUCGGCUUUAUAGUGUGUCUGGUCAUUAUGAUGGUCAUCAGUUGGGUCAUGGCUUUAGUGACCGUUUUAAUUUUUCUAACAUUAUAUCUUCUGGUGCAUUACAGAAAACCGAGUGCUAAUUGGGGUAGCAGUACGGACGCACAUCGAUACGUCGAUGCUGUGAACUACCUCUUAAAUAUGGCUGGUAAAGAAGAAGCAAUAAAGUCAUACAAUCCACAACUCCUAGUCCUAGCUGGUCCACCGUUUCUAAGACCUGGGUUAGUUGAUAUAGGACACCUCAUCACUAAACCUGGUUCCUUUAUGAUUGUGGCAGAUAUUGAAAAAGAAGAGCUAACAUCCGAGGAGCGACUAGUGCGUUGCGAAGUUGGUCAGGAGUGGCUGAACGACAACAAGUACCGAGGUUUCUACGUGGUACUAGACAAGCAUCUCUUGGAUCAAGGUGUAUCAGCCUUACUCCAGUGCGCCGGGCUUGGUCGUUUUAGUCCCAACAUUCUCCUCGUAGGAUUUUUGACAAACUGGUCUGAAAAACCUUAUGAAGAUGUUGAAGCCUAUUUCCGAGCGUUGCAGACAGCUUAUGAACAUAAUGUGGCGCUGACAGUAUUACGCGCACCCGACGAUGAAUACAAUCUGAGGAAGAAAAUGAGAGUCAUAUCAAAAGAUAGAGCAUUAUCGUUUGAUGUCUCAGGAACAGACCAGGUGCGUGCGCUCUUGAGUACAGAUUCAGAAGAAAAUCUGAAACCACUAACAGCGCCGGAGAUUGAUGAAGACGACAAUAGUUUUGGGCAGAAGGAUUCAACUACAAUGAGAUUUGUUAGUGAAGGGCUUCUCAAGCGACACUCUGCUGCCCCCAAGUAUGUGGGUGGACAAUCGGCGGCAGUAUUUCCAUAUUGGAUGCAGGUAAGUCAGUGGCAGUAG